AUGUAUAAGCAGCAGGAAUGGUACAAUGGGACAAAGACACUCGAGGCUCUUGGUAGUUUGGCCUUUAGUAGUUUAGCAGACAGAGGAUCCUAUGAUCUGGGCACGAAAAUCUGCCAGGAGCUGCUGGUGAAGUUCGCCAAGCUGGCCUCGACGACGGCGGCGGCCAGGGAGGUGAUGGACGGGCACAAGCCGGACAUGACGUACAGGACGUUCGAGCGAUUGAUGCGCGACCGCAGCAAGCCGAUCGAAAUCGUGAAGAAGGUGAGCGAGGAGUCGUUCAUGCAGGCGGAAUCGGGCGACGGUAAUCUGCUGUCGCGCGAAGACAUCAAGAAGAGGAGCGACGAGGUGGUGACCGAGGGGCUGGCGGCGCUCGAGUACAAGCCGCCGCCGCCGCCCGCCAAGAAGAAGUUCAAAUUUAAGAAGUGAUCGUCGAGCGGUCUGUAGGGUUUUUGAGCGGAAGCUAAUAUUGCGGAGGGAAACUAAAUUUAAAUGACACCGAUGAUUGCGAUGAAUAGAUUAUUUAUACAGCUUGUAAUAAAAUCCCCGUUGGUUAUAGUUUAUUGUACUGUUAGAGCAGAAAAUGCGCGUCUGAUAGGAAAAAUAAACGGCAAUUUUUUUUUAGAUAUAUUAUUAAUAUAUGUAUAUCUACAAUU